AUCGCAAUUUAUACCAAACAGUAGACUUGCCGAGUCAUAAUAGGUGUUAACUUGUGAGACAGUAGGCUAAAUUCUUAACACAAUUUUUCUGCUGUAUACCCAAGCGGCAGUAUUUAAUUAAAAGAUAAAUCCAUUGCUAAAAAAGGAGCAAAAUGACGCUCUCAAAUCGGAUGGAUACAGAGGCGGCUUACCAAAAGGGCGAAGGCUUCCGUUCAUAUUAUAUACAAAAAAUUGAGGAACUUCAACUAAUUGUGGCAGAGAAGAGCCAAAACUUACGCCGCUUGCAGGCACAGCGUAAUGAGCUCAAUGCCAAAGUGCGUAUGCUACGCGAGGAGUUGCAACUGUUGCAGGAGCAAGGUAGCUAUGUCGGUGAAGUUGUCAAGCCAAUGGAUAAGAAGAAGGUACUCGUCAAGGUGCAUCCCGAGGGCAAAUUCGUUGUUGAUUUGGAUAAGAACAUUGAUAUUAACGAUGUUACACCGAAUUGUCGUGUCGCACUUCGCAAUGAAAGCUACACACUGCACAAGAUUUUGCCAAACAAAGUGGAUCCGCUGGUGUCACUGAUGAUGGUCGAGAAAGUUCCCGAUUCAACAUACGAAAUGGUUGGCGGCUUGGAUAAACAAAUCAAGGAAAUAAAAGAGGUUAUCGAGCUACCCGUGAAGCAUCCGGAACUGUUCGAUGCCUUGGGUAUUGCUCAGCCAAAGGGUGUGCUGCUUUAUGGACCGCCCGGCACUGGCAAAACCCUGCUCGCUCGUGCAGUGGCUCAUCACACCGAAUGUACAUUCAUACGCGUGUCUGGGUCCGAGCUGGUCCAGAAAUUCAUUGGCGAGGGCUCGCGCAUGGUACGUGAACUCUUUGUUAUGGCCCGCGAACAUGCUCCCUCUAUUAUAUUUAUGGAUGAAAUUGAUUCGAUCGGCUCAUCGCGUAUUGAAUCUGGAUCGGGCGGUGACUCUGAGGUGCAGCGCACCAUGCUGGAGUUACUCAAUCAGCUGGAUGGCUUUGAGGCCACCAAAAACAUCAAAGUCAUCAUGGCCACCAAUCGUAUCGAUAUACUCGAUCCAGCUUUGUUACGUCCCGGUCGCAUUGAUCGUAAAAUUGAAUUCCCACCACCAAAUGAGGAGGCACGUCUCGACAUUCUAAAGAUUCACUCGCGCAAAAUGAACCUAACACGUGGCAUCAAUUUGCGCAAGAUUGCCGAACUGAUGCCGGGUGCAUCUGGUGCCGAGGUCAAAGGCGUCUGCACCGAGGCUGGCAUGUAUGCACUCCGCGAGCGUCGCGUCCAUGUUACCCAAGAAGACUUUGAGAUGGCCGUUGCCAAGGUGAUGCAGAAGGACUCUGAAAAGAACAUGUCAAUCAAAAAGCUGUGGAAGUAAAAAUUGGCAUUUCAAUCACACACACACAUAUAUAUUAAACAACUACGAUUAACACUUAAUUUCGUAAAAAAAAAAAAACGAAAAAAUUUAAAAGCAGUA